GGAGGGAGAUAUUCAACUGACAGUUCAUCUCAGCUCCUCCCCCGUGCUUUAUAUGUAUGUCAGUGUGGAGGAGAGAUGGUGUGUGAGUGAGAGUGAAUGAGUAGGGACCUGGUAGCACGCUGCUGACCUCCGACUGAGUCACCCACCCCUCACCUUGCCCUGGGACGACAAACUGCAGCAAUGUUGGACGAUUUUGCGCCGUUGGCUGCGAUCACCAUACUGGGCGUCUUACAGCAAGCAUACUUUUCGCUUCAGGUGAUCCAUGCAAGGAGAAGAUUUCACAUUUCACCACCUGCUGUCAGUGGAAAUGAGGAUUUUGAGCGUGUGUACAGAGCACAUCUUAAUUCCUCAGAAUAUUUUCCAAUGUUCCUGAGUGUACUGUGGAUUGCUGGCGUGUUCUUCAACCAGACCCUGGCAUUUUUCAUUGGAGUUCUCUAUUUAUGCAGCAGGUACAAGUACUUCAAAGGAUACUCUGAAUCAGCCCUAAAAAGGUUGCGUCCAUUAUACUUCAGUGCGACUAUGCUCUGGAUUCUGCUAGGCUUGGCUUCAAUCGGAGUCCUCAAUCAGUUGUCUUCUCAAUAUCUUGGUUAUAAUCCCAUAACUGCCGCAAGGAGCCACAUCGAAUUGUGAAAGAUUUCUGUUCGACAGCUUCUAUCUUGAGCAUUGCCAGUCAGAAAAUAUGAUAACCAUAAUUUGAUGGCAAAACUAACAAUAUUUUAUUUAUUUUUUAUAUCUUAUUUUGGUCCCAGUUGAACUUUUGAGGCUGAGGUCAUGAAGUUAGUCUCUCUAAGUCUUAAUGACUAACUAUUUGGCAGCAUUUUAACAAUGCCUUUGGUCACUGAUCUCUGGGAGCCUUGUCUUCAAAGGGUGCUUUGAUGAUUGAAGUAACUGUGACUCUGAUACAGUUGCUAAUUUCCUCAGAAGUGCACCAUCCCUAUUAAAAUCUGUACAAUUGAAAUCACAGGCUCUAAUUGCAAAAUCUUUGCAGCAGAGAAGCAACUCAACUGCUCAUGUUGGUCUUUUUGUUCCACAUGCCUUCUCCUUUCCUGUUACAUUUCACCUGACCAAUAUAUCGUAUUUCUUCCUCACUCCUGUGUAUUUCUGUAUUUUUCACUGCAAAUAUAUCAUUCAUGUUGGCUACUCCCUGUGCUAGUGAGAUACACACUCAGCACUCUCUAGGUAAAGGCAUUUCUCCUGCAUUCUCAUUUGGAUUUAUUAACAACUGUCUCAUAUACAGCUGCUUGGUGGUACAGAGCUUGCUUGCAUGUUGCUGAAAAGAGAGACAAAUGCGGACAGUUUUCAUCUGUACUCAUCAAGGCAAGUGUAAGAAUGCCAUUUCAGAUGAUUACAAUAAUUUAGACUCCAAGAAUAAAGAGAGUUGAUUGGUUGGCAAGUCAGUACUGAUAUGCUAAGGUGUUGCUUCGAUGGUAAGUUCAGACAUAAUGGGUCAAAUGGCUGCCUUCUGCACCAUAAUAGUUCUGUGAUUCUGUUGUUGACCUUUUUAUUCGAUAUCUUCUUAACUUUUGUUUUAAUACAUUGUUCUUAACUUUUUGGCAGCUAACUUGUAUGAAUAGCAACCAGCUUUGGUCUCUCUCACAAGUAAAACAUAUUUAACAUACUAAAUCCUAAUUAAUUCUAAAGACCUCUACCAGGUCACCCUUUGGCCUUUUCUUUUCUAUACAAGAACUUGCAUUUGUAUAGAAACUGCAAUAUAGUAGAAUAUUUACAGGGGAAGCAAAACUCAACGUUGAGUUACAUUUGGUGAUCAUAGGACACGUUGUUAAAGGCUUGAGAAAGAGAGAGAUUUUAAUUUAAACAGUAUCUUAGGAGUGAGAGGCAGGACAAUGGUGUGAUUUAGUGUUCACUUACCAAAACCUGGGGCCUGGGCAGUUGAACGUACAGCCAUCGGUAAUGGGAGAGCUAAAUUGGGGGAACAAGAGUUGGAGAAGUGUAGAUAUUUUGGCAGUUGUGGGUUGGAGGAACUGACAGAAAUAGGGAGACAUGUGGCUAUGGAGUGAUUCAAAAACAAGGAAGACAAUUUUAGAGUUGGAGUGCUGCUAUUCUGGUAUAGGCCAGUGAGCAUUGAGCUGAUGCAAGAAUAAGACUUGAAGUGAGUCAGGAAGAGGGUAGCAGAGUUUUGGAUGAACUCAAGUUUAGAGAGGGUGGAGAAAAGAGCUGCAGCCUGUUCAAUUUUCCUAAUGGUUGUAACCCUUUUAUUUCCGUGUUAUUUUUGUUAGUUUUAUUUUGAAUCUUCUCUAAUAUUUCUCUAUCCAUUUUAUACAGUGGAACUCAAAUGCGUCAGCCCAUCGUUCUAACAUUUUUCAAUUCUGUCCCUUCAGAAAUGAACAUGAGCAUUGUGUUUGCAUUUUGAUUGCCUUUUUAAUUUGCAUUGCUUUACUGGUUUGUACAUUCAUACAGCUGUUAAACUGUUCUGACCAAACAAUGUUCUGACCAAAGUCUGGUGAUUCACAUUUAAUAUUUUCUUGUACUUUUACUCUGUGUAAUCAUUUCUCUUUCAACUUUCUGUAAUUCACAAAUUUUGCAAAUAAGCUUCAGAUUCCUAAUUUCAAAUUGUUUGUGUUCUUUUGACGCAACCAAUAUUCCUAGUAUCUGACUCUAGCUCUCUGUGAGGAAUGUUGCUGGAAGAUGAACAUUGACUCACUCAAAUGUGAUUCUAUUCAUUAUCUCUAAUUGAUAAAUGCUGCCUGUAUAUGCAUUAGCUUUUUUAAAACAUGAGUUAUAUUAAAAUAUAAAUAAAGGUGGAACAUGUUGCACAAAGAUUCCAGUUUGUAAAUUUGAACAAAACAAUCAUUUUCACUUGACAUAGUGGGAAAUCAGCUGAGGGGUCUCUCUCUUCCACUACACUAAGAGAUCAUGAUUACGUUAUCCCUGUGAAAGAACUUGCAUUACUAUAGAACCUUUCGCGUCCUCAAGGUUUCCAAAUUUGCUUUAUAGCCAACAAGAUACUUUAGAUGUAAAAUGCAGUUUAAAAUAGGGAACAGGGCAGCCAGUCCAACAGACAAUAAAGUGAGAAUGAAGAGGAAAUGUUUUGGUGAGAUUAUUUGGAACAUAAAAAUGGUUCAAGAGUCAAUGUAGGGGAGAAGUUUGAUUUUUCUGUUGCUUUGAGAACAUGACUGUGGGAUUUUUUCCGUUCACUUGAGAGAGCUGACAGGACCUCACUUUGAUGAUUUAUCUGAGAGAUGACACAUUUGGCACAGUAGCACUCCAUCAUGUCUGCAUUGGCAGUGACUACCUAGAUUUUGUGCUCAAAUCUCGGGCAUGGUUCUUGAGCAUAUAAUCUUCUAAUUCAGAGGCAAAUAUAUUGCCUACUGAGGUACAGCCGACAGCUCAAUUCAACAGAUUGCCCUCUGCCCGAACUGAGCUUCAAGUUAUGUCAUAGUCUUGGCAUUAAGAGAGAAAAAGAAAUGAAGUUUGAGUUUGAUAUGUAAGAAUAAGAUCUACUGUAGACAGCUUGCAAAAUGUCACCACUCUCUGGCACCAUCUUGAAUCUAAAUUUAAAUUAGUGAGUAAUGGGAGUGGAGAAUAUCCACCCCAGUUCCAUUCCCAAUAACCAUUACAAAACAAAUCCAUGUCAGAGCCAAGGACAGUAUAAAUACCAUGUCUUUUCAUUUUUCUGUAUUUUUAAUUGUAAACUAAAAUGCGAAACAGCUUGUCAGGAUUGCUACAUGAUUUGAAAGUCAGUAACUUGAUAUUCAUGGUGAACACCAUGUGCACAGUUAUAGGCUACAACCGUUGUCACUGACUGAAUGGAACCAAGCAGUUCUGUAUAAAUGGAGCCUUGCUUGGCAACAAGUACAGAAAUUGGUUUGUGGACUGGUGACCAGCUACCGAUGACAGAGGCCUUCUGCCUGCUGACAAUGGUGAUUGGUUUUCAGGUAGCUGAACAGCUUGGGGCUGUGUACAAAAUGCAAAGCCAUAGGGAAGCCUUUCGGCUUUCCCCAGCUUAGGAGCUUUCUCUGUUUUAUAUAGGAAAAGCUUGAAAUAACCCCGUUUAUCUUUCCUUCAACAGUUGUAGUAAUCUGGGUCUUAAUGAAUAAGCCAGAGAUGUUUUAGAAGUGCCUUUUACGAACCAGUGUAAGCAUUUGGAGAAGGAUGACAGAGAAGUAGCAUUCUGACUUGCCCAAGAAUCAUACAAACCAUAUCAGCAGCCCUUGUGAACAGGACCUUGUGAAUUCUUUAUCCAGUUUCUCUGUCCAUCCUUAACCCAUGUUAAUUUUUCCCUGUGUGUGUGUGUGUAAGGGGAAGUUUAUAAAGGUGAUUAGAUCAACUUAGUAGAGUUGUAUACUGAUGAUUCAUAAUGUUCACCUGUAGUUUGAGUUUAAUUACUUGUAAUAAAUGUAAUUUUUUUAAAUGUACAGAAA